AUGCUUGCUGAGACGCUGGAUGAAGCCCAGCCUCAAGAACGAGCUGGAUUCCGUCAGGGGUUCAGCUGCUUGGACCACAUCCAGACCGUGUCGAGAGCCAUAGAGGUUUGCUGGGAAUACCGCCUGCCCCUUGUUCUAACCUUCGUCGACUAUGAGAAAGCCUUCGACAGCGUAGGAACGAUUGCAAUACUGUCAACGCUGGUCGAUCAAGCGCUCUGUUACGCAGCGGAGACGUGGGCAGACACCGCUGCCACAUCCAGGAAGCUACUUACUACCCACGUAGCCCUUGAGAGAUGUUUUAUGAAGUUUAACCAGCGCACACAACACCUAGUCGGUCUUCGCAGCUCCGGCUUAAGAGGAAUGUUCCGCCUUCGCGAUCUAGCGGAAUAUGUAUCGAAAGCAAAGCAUAGAUGGGCCGGUCACAUUAUGAGAAGAAUCGAGGACAGAUGGACCAAAAGAACGCUAGAGUGGAUCCCAAGAGAUGCUAAACACCCUCGAAGGAGACCGCCAACGAGAGGGCUGACGUGUUCGCUACACGGAUGGACCAGCUGA